GGUACUUUUUAAAUGGUAAUUUGUAACCAAGCUGUCAUCUCAAGAGUUGAGAUCAUUUUUGUUCAUUUGCAUUAAUGCAUCCAUUGCCAAAUUGGUAACCAAUCUAUCUUCUCAAGAAUUAUAGGACAGUUUUGGCCGUAUCAUUAACGCAUCGUUCCAAAUUUUAACCAUAUGACACAUCAACUGCAGCUUCACUGGCCUUAAUUACGUAAUAGUUACAUAAUUUUUCUUCCUAUUUCUCUUUGUCAUACUUAAAUACUCAAUUCCAACCUGCCUGCUUUGCUUCUCUUUCAGCCACUACAUCCCCAAGAAAAAGAUGUUGCCCUAUAUUUUCUUGAUUCUUUUGGCUGCACACCCCUUUUGUGUCAGCAUUGCACAUACAACAAAUGGUAACAAAAACAUAUUUAUUUUAGCAGGCCAAAGCAACAUGUCCGGCAGAGGAGGGGUAGUGCAUAACAAAUGGGAUGAGUAUAUUCCACCUGAAUGUCAAUCCAAUCCAAGAAUUCUUAGGCUAACAGCUGAACUUCUAUGGGAAGAAGCAAAGGAGCCAAUGCAUCAAGACAUUGAUUAUUAUGCAGUUUGUGGGAUUGGUCCUGGCAUGUCAUUUGCUAAUUCAGUCUUGAAAAAUGACCCAAAAAUAGGUGUGAUUGGUUUAGUGCCAUGUGCUGUUGGUUCCACAAAUAUUAGCCAAUGGUCUAAAGGAUCUUCUUAUUACAAUCAGAUGUUAAAUAGAACUGAGACUGCGUUACAAGGUGGUGGGAGAGUUCGAGCACUUUUGUGGUAUCAAGGAGAGAGUGAUACUUUGGAUCUUGAGGAUGCAAAAUUGUAUAAUUCAAGAUUGCAGAAAUUCUUCACCGAUGUGCGCAAUGACUUGCAUGCACCUUCCCUCCCUAUUAUUCAGGUGGCAUUGGCAACAACACUGGGGCAUUAUAAGGAAAUUGUCAGACAGGCCCAAUUGGAUAUUCACCUUAGAAAUGUUAAAACAGUUGAUGCUAAUGGGCUCAAAGUAGGCCCAGAUUAUGUGCAUCUUAGUACUCCAGCAGAGGUCCAGCUUGGACAGAUGUUAGCUAAUGCCUUUUUGAUGUUUGGUUCAGAAAAGGAAUAGAUUUGUUUUCUACUUACUACACUUGGUAAUUAUAUUCGGAAAUUAUAAUCUUGUCUGUGAUAACGAUAAUUAAAAAAUGAGGUCGUCACCAUUUAUGCAACAAGUUAUUAAGGUCACUUAGCUUGCAUAUUUUUAAUAA